AUGGUCUCCAGAAUCUCCCUUCUUGCUAUCGCGGCAGCCUCCCUCAUCACCGGCUCUCAGGCCAACCCUUGUCCACCACUAGGACCGACCUUGCCAUCCACCAAAACGCCAAGCAACUCAACAAUUGUCCAACAAACCAUUCUGAAGAUUCAGGAAGGGCUCGUCAACUUCACCUCGGCCCUCAACUACACCGCGAUUUCCAUUGGCGCAAGGUCCAUACACGAGGACGCGCUCCUCGUCGAUUGGCACUAUACGCCUCCUGUCGCAGACAAUCGCAGCGUUGCAAAAGUCGACACCGACACCUUAUACCGCGGCGGAAGCAUCACCAAACUAUUCACGACCCUCACGGCCCUGAAGAACUCGCAAAUCAAGGGGACCGAUCUCGUCACCAAGUACCUCCCGCAACUCAAGACCGAGGCCGUGAAAAAUGAGGGCCAGCUCAACUUCAUCCCUUGGGACAACAUCACCAUAGAGGACCUAGCUUCCCAUGUUUCCGGACUAGGUGGUGACAUUGCCACUGACCUCGCCAUCUUCCCGGGUGCCUGGGCGUCCAUGGGCCUUCCGCCCGUUUCCAACGAUACCAAGCCGACCUGCUCCGGCCUCCUUGGCACCAAGCCCUGCUCCGGAAAAGACCUUCUCCAAGCACUCAACCAAAAACCGCUUGUCUUCAGCCCACACACCACCCCUGUCUACUCCAACAUCGGCAUCGCCCUUCUCGCCCUCAUAGUUGAAGCAGCAUCCAACCAAACAUACGAAACCUUACUCACCGAGACAAUUCUCAAGCCUCUCGGCCUGACCAUGACCUCCAUCUCCACGCCAGCAAAGGGCUUGGGCUUCAUCCCCCUCCAGGAACCAACAUGGGGCGGUGAUCUCGGCGCGUAUGCCUCCGCCGGCGGCAUCUACACAAACACCCGCGACAUGCUCGCCUUCGGCACCUCAAUCCUGUCCGACAAGACCGGCAUCGACACGGGCUCCUGGCUGAAGCCCCGGGCCUUCACCUCCUCGCGCGGCUACUCCAUCGGCGCACCCUGGGAGAUCUGGACCACCUCUACACUCCUCGACUCGGGCGUGCCCAUCAGCAUCUACACCAAGUCCGGCGACCUUGGCCUGUACACCAACGUCCUCCUCCUUAUCCCCGACUACGAUCUCGUCGUAUCAAUCCUCACCGCCGGCGCUGAAGCCGCGGGCACUUUUCAGUUUCCAUCCCUGGUCAUCUCCCCCGUCAUUCAAGCCCUCAUCCCGGCCCUGGAGAAGGCAAACAAGGAAUACGCCGCCACGUCCUUUGCAGGGGACUACACCGACGAGGAGACCAACUCGACCCUUACACUAGCCAUCGAUGACGGCCCAGGUUUGUCACUGACAAACUACAUGGUCCGUGGUUUUGACGUACUCUCUCAUAUCCCCAGCUACGGCGUCGGCUCCAAGAACCAGGCUUUCAACGUCAGCGGCAGAAUCUAUCCCACCAACAUCAGGGUGGGCGACCAGUGGUCGUGGCGAGCGGUGUACAAGAAUCACGACGAGCCGGAUAUCGGCGACAGAAUCUUGUACCCCGACGGCGAUUGCCAGACAUGGGGUUUGAUUGAUCGCAAGACCUACAAUUACCUUGCUUUGGACGAUUUUACAGUCGCGGUCGCAGAGGAUGGGUCGGCCAGGAGCAUCUCUCCACGACCGUUCGGCGUCACCCUGAGGAAGGUGUAG